AUGUCGCCUUCGCUCGAGCGAGGCAAUUCGGCCAUACCUACAGCGUUCUACAGCGCAUCCCCCGCAGCGACGCCGCAAGCAGAUCCACUGACCAACUUGCUCUGGGGCGACGCUGCCUCUCUACGACUGCCGGGCGCAUCCUCCGGCGAGACGACAAACGCUGUACUUGCACCGUUAGACCAGCCCGUACCCCGCUAUGGCCGCACAGACUCGACAGAGAUCAAUCUGGCCAAUGCUGGCGUAGACGACUUGGCCAGACCUUUCGACGGGAUGGUCAUGAGAAGCAGCACAUCCACGCCCGUCUCCGCGAUACUCAACCAAGCCUCGUCGUCUCACGCUCAAGUGACGGCAUCAGCUCGUCAGACAGCGAUUGAGGAUGCACAGUCAGCUGACUCGUCUGUGCCCAAUUCACCCAUGCCGUCGCUAUCGGGCCAACCUGAGCAUAGUUCCUCGAGGAAUAGCAGCAGAUCACAUCAUCCCCAUCUCCCGGUAGACUUUGAGCAUGGCUUCGGUGUCCAAGGCAACCCAGGUGGCGACUGCAAGAGACUCUGCUUGCGCCAUCAGCGUAUGGUCGACGGCGGUCUGAUGGGAGGGCUGCAAAAGAGUAUCGAGGAUCUACCAUUAGGCGACCAAGAAGCAGUCAACUCGGUCUGGUCGCUCUUCUCGUCCAGUUCCGGCUCACGACGUACUCUCAUCCUGCGGGGCCUGUUGACCAUCUGCUGUCCGUCUCAGCUUUCCUUUCUAUCAGAGCAGCUCAAAGCCGAAUGCCGCCUAGACCCCUUCUCGCUCUUGCCGCGCGAGAUUUGCUUACGCGCCUUGGGCUAUCUGGAUGCCAUCUCACUCGGUCGAGCGGCUCAAGUGAGCAAGGUCUGGAAGUCGCUGGCGGAUGACGAUAUACUAUGGCGCAACAUGUGCGAGCAGCAUAUCGAGAAGAAAUGCGAAAAGUGUGGAUGGGGCUUACCGCUCAUGGAACGUCGCAAGAAAGCAAAGCGAGGGUCUCGUUCGCUCGCUAUGGGCGAAUCGCCGUCCUCGGCCAGCGGCACCACAUCUCCUGCUGAUGAAGCGCACGAUCACGAGCAUGUCCAUCUACCCGGUGCCAGUCAUAUGGAGAGACCACACAAGCGCAACAGACUCGAACAAGAUGCUAGCACCGAAGAGAAGCGGACACGCAGAACACGGCCAUGGAAGACCGUCUACUGCGAGCGUCUGGUCAUUGAGCGCAACUGGCGACGUGGCGUACCGACGGUCAAAGUCUUACAAGGACACGCAGAUGCGGUUACGUGCUUGCAAGUCGAAGAGAACCUACCGCAUCCUUCCUUCCCGAUCCUUAUGACUGGCUCUUGGGAUCGAACGGUCCGCAUUUGGAAUCUCGAGACAGAGAAGACGAUUGGUGUUCUGAUCGGCCACACUCGAGGCGUCAGAGCUCUACAGUUCGAUUCUGCGAAGCUGAUCACCGGCAGCAUGGACCACACCCUCAAGAUCUGGUCUUGGCGUACUGGCGAGGUCAUUCGUACGCUAGAGGGCCAUCGCGAUGCCGUCAUCAGUCUGCAUUACGACGAUAAGCUGCUUGUGUCCGGCAGUGCAGACUCGACGAUCAAAGUGUGGGAUUUCAGCAGUGCAGAGUGCUUCACUCUUCGUGGUCAUCGCGAAUGGGUCAACGCAGUAAGGAUCUGGUCACCCACGAGCAAUCCUGCCACCAAGGUGGAGGACAUGAUCUCCUCGACCGGCAGUCUGGCGAGCCUGUCCACACCGCCAGAAGAUCCACUCAAGCUGCUCUUCUCUGCCUCGGAUGAUGGUACCUGUCGAGUCUGGGAUCUCAGCAAGCGCGAGUGUCUCCGCGUGCUCGAGGGACACGUCGCUCAGGUCCAGUCUCUGCGCGUCAUCAGUAUCGAUCAGGCCGUUCUCGCCAAUCUCACCGGUCGUUCUUCGAUGGACUCUCGUCUUCGCGAAGUCGACAUAUCUGGCAAUGACGCGACUUGUGCUUCAGCUGCUCAUCGCAUCGAUGCGCUAGCCAACGGUCAAGCUUUGCGUCACAUGUCCAAUUUGCGCUCACCUGUGAAUGCCGCCAUGCUGCCUCAUAUCGAAUUUGGCAGUGGACUUAUACCUCUCUUGCUGUCCGGCUCACUCGACAACACCAUCAAGCUCUGGGAUGUCGCCGAAUCGACUUGUGCCAAGACGUUGUUCGGUCAUGUCGAAGGGGUUUGGUCGGUCGAUAUGGACAAAUUGCGCGUCGUCUCUGCUUCUCACGAUCGGACCAUCAAAGUCUGGGAUCGCCAAUCCGGCAAGUGCGAGCGCACACUGACAGGACACCGUGGCGCUGUGACUUGUAUCAGUCUGCUGGACGAUAAGAUCAUUACAGGAGGCGACGAUGCUGCUGUACAUGUCUGGCUGAUGGGCUCGCCUUUCAACCCAGAGCACUCGUCUGUGUCUACAUAA